AUGACUACUAGAACUAACCGCAGUAUCCGCAGGUUCGCCUUCCUCUGGGACACCUGGGCGCACCAAUUCUUCAUCUCUUGCAGCCCUGCUGCGCCGCCCGGCACUAUCCCCGAGGGUUGGUUCUCUAUCGAUGACCCCAGAAUUCCGGACCGGUUUCCUCGUAGGCCUUUUGGCUUCGUUCCGGAAGAAAUUCCUCCUCUCGCAUCCCUCGCUGCAUAUCUACAAAUUUUCAAUCGCUUGGAUAGUAGUGAUACGGGCGUGGUGCCACAGAUCUCAGGGACUGCCGAGAACGACGGAGGGGAGUGGCGGAGGGUUCGGCCUGUGCAAGAAGAAGAAGUAACUGCAGCAGAACAACUAACGCCAGGGGAGAAGGAGGUAGAUGAGGAUGUUAGAUGCGGCAUUUGCCGCGAUAAGCCCAUCAGCAUCCAAUUUCGCGAAUGUACGCACGCCCUCUGUGGCGAUUGCAACGACAGCUAUUGGUGGAGUAUAGUCUCCAGCGAUAGCUCGCAAGGUAUGAACCCUUCUACCACUCUCCGGCUAUCAUUCCCGUGUCAUAUGUGUCGCGCAGAAGUAUUACAUGAGGGGUACUUGGUGCCCGACAGUAGUCUUCCUGUUGAGACAAGACAUGGAGACUUCGGCUUCCGAGUUGAGGGGUGGCAUCUAGUGGCACUGAAACCAGAAUUUCAAUUCCAUCGGGUGUUUGUGGUGAAUAUUGAGCAAUAUGGUGAGAGAGUAACGGUGGAGCCGUUCUUGAGGAGCAGAGAACGAUUAGUACCGGUGGUGGAUGGAGAGAUGCUUUCGAGUACUUGGGAUUUAUAUGUGGCUUAUGGACUGGUUGUGUUGCGCGAGUUGAUUGAGGCGGAUUCUGUUUGA